AUGAAGUAUGUACGUGGAGAUGCGCGUCACUUGAAUCACUGCGUGAAGCUCCGUGUUGUCUAUAGAUUUUUGGCCAAGGCUCUUGCAGCAGAGGUGAUGGAGCUGCUCGAGGGCACCAGCUUGUAUCUUGUGGGCAUGAUGGGCAGCGGGAAGAGCACGGUGGGAAAAAUACUUGCGAGCGCGCUCAAAUACCCGUACCUGGACUGCGACACGCUCAUAGAGAAGAUGGCCGGCUGCUCAGUGGCAGAGAUAUUUUCUGAGGAGGGCGAGGAGUCCUUCAGGGAACUGGAGAGCCAAGUUCUUCAUGAGCUGAUGCCCUUCAAGGCAGUGGUGGUGUCGACUGGGGGAGGGGUGGUUGUCAGCAAGCAGAACUGGGGCUACAUGCAGCACGGCGUAGUCAUCUGGCUGACUGGACCUCCAGAGCUGCUCAGCCGACGAGCGCUGCGAGACGGGACCCAGUCACGACCGCUGCUCAGCCAGAGCUCUGCCGGAUCCGAUGAGGGGGAUGACGAGUAUGCAGCGACAGUGGCGAAGCUUCAGGACAUUCUGGACAAGAGGCGGCACAUGUACGAGCAGGCAGACCUGCACAUUCCCCUGGAAAUAUCCCCAACAGACCCAGGCGACUGCGGCGCCACCCCGGCAGUUGUCUCCUACAGGUGCUGGCGCUUGCUGUGUUUGCCUCUCUCUAAAACCCCUAGCACCCUGUGA